AUGGCUUUCGAUGAUGAUUCGCUCUCCCUGUCACUCAGGUUAGUUGAAAUUUUAGACUUUCUGAAAAAAAAAAUUUUCAAGGAAAUUCGUCCUGAUCGUGGCGGGACUACCACUAUCAGGCUUCAUUAUUUGUGUCGUUUGUGCUUUGUUGCUUCAUUUUUGAACAGUCCACGGCAACACACUGUGAAGUUCCCAAUUGGUUAGGCUUUUUUUAUUGGUUCGGAAUGAGAAAAAAAGAGUUUAAAGAAGGAAAUAACUGUUUUAUAGGGUUCCUAAAACAGAUACUUUCGUUGAAUGUGAAAAAGCAUCAUAAUUUCUAGAUUUUUUUAAGAAGUUAUUUUGUGUUAUUUUUUUUCUCUAAAAAUAAGAUUUAUGAACGAACACUUCGAAAUUUGAAGAAUUUCCUGAAAAAAAGUUUGAAAAAAUGGUUUAAAAUCGUUAAAAUAAAAUGCAAAAUUUCGAAUUUUUUUUCGAAAGAUGCAAUUUUUUCUGUUAAAAAGUUUACUUGGAAACUACUUUAGAACAUUUUUUGUUUGCUAUAAAUGAAUGAUUUCAUCUCUGUGGCGUAGUUUUGAAAAUAUCAAUUUUUGUCAUGUUUCAAUCAUUCUGAAACUAUUUUAGUUGUUUAACUAGAUAUAUUAUAAUGGCUACUUGCUGAUUUUUUGCUUUUUUUUUUAAUUUUUAGCGUUAUAGAGUUCUUUCUUUCAAAAUUCUUCAUUGAAUUUAUUCAAAUUUGAUUCAAAAAUAACGAUGAACCAAGUUUAAAUGGAAAAAAGAAUGAAAUUUUAACCUUCGUGGUGAUUUUUAUGGGCGAAACUCUAAAUUUGAAAUGAUUCGGGCAUUUUUUGCGAAAAUUUUAAAUUUGGACAUACAAAACAUAAAUCGUCGUUGUAGGACUCAAAAAAGUUUUUCUAACGGGCCAUAAAGUUCUAAUUUUGCGUUUUCCGCGAUUUAAUUUGCUUUUGAAAUCAUAAAAAAAUCAAAUAUUUUAGCGAAUAAUUUUGGUUCCAAGGCUUCUAUCCAUAUCUUUAUUGCUGUUUUUUUUUUGUCAAUUUUGAGCGAUAUAAAUUUCUUUCAAUUCAAACGAUUCUAUGUAUUUUUUUCUGAUAUUGUUCCAAAGAUAACAGUGAACGAAUUUUAAUAGAAAUAGCAGGAAAAACGUAAUUUUGAACUUAUUUGAACACGACAUACGUGUUCUCUUCACAUUGGCCCAAGGAAAAUAUUCGAUUUGAAGGCUUCCAUCAAUAUCAGCUGCCGUAUCAACUUAUGCGCCCGAAAAAUAUAUUUGGCGAAUAUUUAUCGGCCUUCACAUUGGCCCGAGGCUGGCUGUGGCGUUUGCCUUGAGGUUUUUUUCUCAAAAAAAAGUUAGAAACGUUUUUUUCAGAAACUUUUUUUGAUGUAUUCGCCCCUCAGACCCUUGACUGGCGCAUUUCGCUUCAGAAUGUUGUGUCAAUUGGCCUGUGGCUUGAAUCUAUUGGAAAAUAUUUGCUUAUUAACCUUAUCUUCCAUUUCUUCCACAGAGGAUCAUGGUUUGAAACGAAAUAUUGCGCUUUUUUGAGCAAUUUCUCGUCAUUUUAGGCCUUCACAAACUCAGUUUUGUCAUGUUCGAGGUUUGCGCGACGCUGUACAUGCUCUUGGCCACUUUCCUGUUUCAUCAUUCCGGGCGGAGGAGGGCGACGAGCUUGGUUGGUUUUUUUUGUAGUGAAAAUAAGUAGGAAAAAGUUCAAAAGUCUUUAUUUUAUUUUAUUUUUUUUAUUUUUGAACGUUUUUAAAAAUUUUUUUAAAUCUUUUUCAUCAUAAAAAUUGGCUUUUUUUUCGAAUGUGUGCUUUUUCCCACAACAUUUUACAAGUAUUGAGUGAUUUUUUGAAGGUUUUCGAAUUCAAGAAUGGUCAUAAAAAACUUUUUUUCCCACAAAAAUAGUCGAAUAACUAACGCCUUUUGCUUUACGCUCUGAAAUUCGAAAUCAUCUCUGAAUCUCCAAAAUUUAGUUAUCUUUCUCGCUUUUUAACGGCUUUCAAAAUUUGCGGAAUUUUCUCGUGAAAAGCUUCGAAAAUUGUCUCAAAAUCUCAAAUCCCUGUUUCAAUUUUCCAAUUUCAAUCUUCCAGGGUUCAUUACUUCAAUGUUGGUUCUCCAUCUUUUCAUUGUAUUUCUUAACGAUUUGGUUCUCUGAUUCUCAUUAUUCGAAAUUAAUUCAAAGAAAAAAAUUUUAAUACUCGAAAUUUAAUGAAUUUUCUAAUGAAAAAAACGUCGUGGAACAAAAAAAGCUCAGAAAAAUUCUAUUUCCGGGGCAAUAUUUGGCCUUUUUUUCAUAGAAAAAAAGUACACAAGACUUUGAAAGGGUAAUUUGAAAUAAUUUUUUUCUCAAAUUGUUGUUUUAUUGGUUUUACCCGUUUCCAAAUUCAUUUUAAACAUUUCCUGGAAAUAUCAGAUGUUCUCUUCAUUAGUCGUGCUAUUCUUUGGCAGGAUUGUAUCGAAAAAGGAAGCGAAAGACAUUUUUGGAGUGAUUUGCCUUAUAGGAAAGGUGAAGUAUUCGAAAAUUUCCCCUAAUAACUCUUGAUCCACUAGAAGGCAUCCUGAAAGGAGAUAUACAAAAAAAUUUGAAUUUUCCGAGAACCGACGCCUCAAAGUCAAAGGAAACUAUUUUCAAAUGGCGAACUUUUGGGAUCUUUAUGAACUUUCAAGCUUCCGGUUAAAAAAGAGAUUUUUCAGAGAUUUCUAGGAAAACAGUUGAAACAUUUUUGUUUUGAGUUCUUUUUUAUAUUCCUUGAGGUCUACAGAAGUUUUUGCGGAAACUUCUAAAAAAACUUGAAGAAUUUUAUUUUUUUCCAAGUUUUUUUGUUUCAUUUCUUCAUUGAGUCAUUGAGAGCUUCAUAGAAUUUUCAAAAAGAAAAGUUGAAUAUUUUUCCUUUUUAGCUCUGUUUCAUUUUACCAUGAAGUUCUUUACAGAAAUUUUUAGGAAAGUUCCAGAAAAAAGGCUAUUUUUUUGAGUUGUAAGUUCUUUGUUGUUUUUUAGAAUUUUCCAAAAAGGAGGGUAAACGUUUUUUGCUCAGUCAUCAAAACUCCAGAAAGUGCCAGAAAGAUCAAACUCCAUACAAGAACGUUGUGAUCAAAACGCGUUUUUUAGUAUCUUCUGACGGAACUGUAGAUGAUUUCCCUUCAGAGUUCUAUGUUUCUUUUCUCCAGUGCUUCAAAGGCAAUAAUUUUCCGGAUAAUUUCCCUUCUCAGUUCAACGUUUCAGUAAUUUUUAUAAAAACGUUCCAGGGCGAGAAAUCGUACGAGCUGAAGAUUCUGAUGACGUCGAUCUCGGUGAUCGGGAUCCUGACGGCGAGCUAUCUCUACUGGAGACACAACGCCUACUGCGAGCCGGGCGUCUACACCCUGUUCGCCUUGGCCGAGUACGCCAUCGUCCUGGCCAACAUCGCCUUCCACUGCACCCUGUACUACGACUUCCACGGGAAGAGCGUCGCCUUCACCUCGGCCAUCGGAUCUGUCGGCGGCGGAUACUCCUUCCUGCCUUCCCAUAUCGAGAAGGACACCUAG